UACCACCCGCAGCCACGCUCCGCAGCUACCGCAGCACAUCCUCAGCAUCCGCGGCGCCGGCCAAGGCGGAUCCGGGGGCUCUGUUGCGCGGGCGAUCGCCAAAGCCGGCCGAGAGCAAGCAGCAGUUUGCGUCUGCUCCGCUAAACAUCCGGGUGCGGGAGCGGGAAUGCGCAGACUCCUCGCCGCAGUCGCGUUUCCGUGUUGACUUGGAGGGGAGGGAGGGAGAGAGAGAGAAAGAGAGAGAGAGAGGGAGGGAGAGAGAGAGGGAGGGAGAGACGCAGCGGGACACCGAGCCGGGGGAGAUCGCACCGGCUCAUCGCAGCCCCAAUAACAAAGAAAUAAAGCAGCAGCUCCAGGUAGCGCGGCGACGAUCGGCACCUGAAGAGCGGCGGCUGUGCGCUGGGACAUGGAGACCGCAGUGACAAGACGCCGUAACAUGUGAGCUUUACAGAAUAAGGCAGAGCGAGCGUGUGGCUGCUCCCGUCCGCGGUGCGUUUACUGGCCAUCUCCCUUUGUGGCUCGUCGCUGUCGUCUCCGUCUUUUCGGGGGGGAAGAAAACAAAAAUGAAGAAGUUUAACAUCAGGAAGGUGCUGGACGGCCUGACGGCGGUAUCCUCUUCCUCUGCGGCUUCCCAACCUGGGAAUAAGGAAAACGACCUGAUCCCGGAGACGCUCCAGUCCGAGCAUUUCCAGCUCUGCAAGACCGUGCGACAUGGCUUCCCUUACCAGCCGUCCUCAAUGGCUUUUGACCCGGUGCAGAAGAUCUUGGCCAUCGGCACCCAGAGCGGGGCUCUCAGGCUGUAUCCUUUGACCCUUUGCUGCCCUGUCAAGUGUCCGAACCGGCAGGUCCCGGGCCGGCAAGGGUCUUGGCUGUGCGAGGCACCUCCAGGGCCAGGCCUUGCAGGGGGGGCCGGCCUUCCCCUUGCCUCGGCCCUGCUGCUUCUGGAGGGCCCCCCCCUUGGGCUCUGCUCCACUCCGCUUCCUCCUCCACAGGAAGUGCGGGCCUGUUUCUUCACAGCCACAGGGGCACUGGUGAGUGCCUUGGCAGAUGACAGCAUUCACCUCUGGAACCUGAGACAAAAACGACCUGCCAUUCUUCACUCUCUCAAAUUCAACCGGGAACGGAUCACGUUCUGCCACCUGCCCUUCCAGAGCAAAUGGCUGUACGUGGGCACAGAAAGAGGAAACAUCCACAUCGUGAACGUUGAAUCCUUCACCCUCUCAGGCUACGUCAUCAUGUGGAAUAAAGCCAUCGAGCUCACACAGCCACGGAGACUUCCGGAGUUCGUGGUUCCGGUUUCCAUGACGUUCUCACCGACUAACUUCGGCAGGCCCUGCGUCACCGGCCACGUUCGUCCCAGCGUCCUGUUCCCCCGCGAGCGAAGCUUCGUAUUCAGCAUUGAUGUGUGUGUGUGUCCUUGCCAGGCCAUCCACUCGCUGGCCUGGCACCACGAAGGGAAGCAGUUCAUCUGCAGCCACUCGGACGGCACGCUCACCAUAUGGAACGUCAAGUCACCCGGCAAACCCGUGCAGACAAUCACCCCUCACGGAAAACAGCCCAAGGAUGGCAAGAAGCCAGAACCAUGCAAACCCAUUCUAAAGGUGGAAUACAAGACGACCAGAGCCGGAGACCCCUACAUGAUCCUUUCUGGGGGCCUGUCCUACGACACGGUGGGCAGGCGGCCGUGUCUCACGGUGAUGCACGGCAAGAGUACGGCGGUGCUGGAGAUGGACCACCCCAUCGUGGACUUCCUGACGCUGUGCGAGACGCCCUAUCCCAACGAUUUCCAGGAACCGUAUGCAGUAGUGGUCCUUCUAGAAAAGGACUUGGUAGUGAUCGAUCUCGCCCAGAAUGGUUACCCAAUUUUCGAGAAUCCGUACCCGCUAGCCAUCCACGAGUCCCCGGUGACCUGCUGUGAAUACUUCGCUGACUGUCCCGUGGACAUCAUCCCUGCACUUUACUCCGUUGGCGCCCGACAGAAGCGACAAGGCUAUAGUAAAAAGGAAUGGCCUAUAAGUGGUGGAAACUGGGGCCUGGGAACACAAAGCUACCCAGAGAUAAUUAUAACCGGAUACCGCGACGGCUUGACGACGACACCCCCCACCCCCCGCUCGUCCACAGUAAUGCUUCAGGUGCUGUACAAGCUGAAGACCGCCAAAGUGUUCGAGAAGUCCCGCAACAAGGAGGACAAGCCCAGCACGGACAUCGUGGACGAGGACCCCUUCGCCAUCCAGAUCCUGUCCUGGUGCGCCGAGAGCCGCAUGCUGUGUGUGGCAGGCGUCUCCGCACACGUCAUCGUCUACCGCUUCAGCAAACAGGAAGUGACAACGGAGGUGGUGCAGCUCCUGGAGGUCCGGCUGCAGUACGAGCUCAAUGACGCAGAGUCCCCAGAUGUAGGGGGGGAGCAGCUUCCAGCAGGCGGAACUUCGAGCCCCCAGACGAGCGUGUCCCAUUCCCACCCCUCCACCAGCAGCAGCUCCUCAGACGGGAUCCGGGAUAAUGUUCCCUGCCUCAAGGUCCGCAGCACCCCCCUGAAGCAGUCACCGGGGUACCAGGUGGAGCUGGUGGUGCAGCUAGUUUGGGUCAGCGGGGAGCCGCCGCAGCAGAUCACCAGCCUGGCCGUGAACUCCUCCUAUGGCCUCGUCGUGUUCGGCAACAGCAACGGCCUGGCCGUCGUGGACUACCUUCAGAAGACCGUCCUGCUCAACCUGGGGACGGUCGAGCUGUACGGCUCCAAUGACCCCUACCAGAGACAGCCGCGCUCCCCCCGCAAAUCGAGACAGCCCUCCGGAGGACUUGGUGACAUCAGCGAGGGAUCCACCACUUCAGAGGACCGCUGCAAAUCUCCCACUUCAGUGCUGACGUCAAACCAUCAGCAGCUGUACAAUGGCGGAUGUAGAGGAGCUAAGAUGUCACGGAAAUUAAGCUUGCCUACUGAGCUAAAGCCAGAUUUGGACGGCCGGGACAGCUCGUUCAGCCGCUCGCGCAGCUCCAGCGUGACCAGCAUCGACAAGGAGGCGCGGGAGGCCAUCACGUCGCUGCACUUCGCCGAGACGUUUGCCCGCAAGGGUGAGGCCGUCGCCACGCCCAGCCUGUGGGUGGGCACCUCCCUGGGCACCGUGCUGGCCGUGGCGCUCAGCUUGCCCCCUCCAGGCGAGCAGAGGCUACUGCAGCCGGUCAUCGUGUCACCGAGCGGCACGUUGAUCAGACUGAAGGGAAGCAUCCUACGGAUGGCCUUUCUGGACAGCACCGGCGCCAUCAUUCCCCCAUCCCACGAACCCUGGUACGAGCCCAACGCCUUCGACGACCGGGACGAGCGGGAGAAGGCGCGGAAGCGGCGGCCGGUGUCGGUGUCGCCGUCGGCAUCGCAGGAGCUGAGCGAGACCCACUACGCCGUGGUUUGCUCGGAGAAGCAGGCCAAGGUGCUGGCCCUGCCCUCGCAGGCCUCCGUCAAGCACAGUAUCACCGAGACGUCCUUCGUGCUGCGCAGCGACGUGGUGCAGAUGGGCAGUGGGGUAUGCGUCGCCUGCUUCUGCGCCAAUGGCCACAUCAUGGCCCUCAGUCUACCCAGCCUAAGACCACUGCUGGACGUGAACUACCUGCCGUUGACUGAUAUGAGAAUCGCCAGGACGUUCUGCUUCAGCAACAACGGGCAGGCCAUGUAUCUGAUCUCCCCCACCGAGAUCCAGAGGAUUACCUACAGCCAGGACACUUGCGAGAACCUACAGGAGAUGCUAGGAGAGCUUUUCACUCCCGUGGAAACCCCAGAGGCUCCCAACAGAGGCUUCUUCAAGGGUCUCUUUGGGGGUGGUGCACAGUCCCUGGACCGGGAGGAGCUGUUCGGUGAAUCGGUGGCGGGCAAAGCCUCGCGGAGCCUGGCUCAGCACAUCCCUGGGCCCGGCGGCAUCGAGGGCAUGAAGGGGGCGGCGUCGGGUGUGGUGGGCGACCUGGCACGCGCCCGCAUUGCGCUGGAUGAGAGAGGACAGAAGCUUGGAGAACUGGAGGAGAGGACGGCGGCCAUGAUGGCCAGCGCCGAGUCCUUCUCCAAACAUGCCCACGAUAUGAUGCUGAAGUGCAAAGACAAGAAGUGGUACCAGUUCUGAUCAGUGCGGGGGGAGCUGAGGGACUUCGUGCUCUUGUACACGGCGCCACCUGGAGGCCAGCGGCCCCCCCACCUCCCUCCCUCCCUCAGUUCUGCUGGACAGCGGGGACAGGCCCCAGAGGAACGCUCCAGCACAAUAGUGAUACUCCACCGCCUCGGCUGUGGGUGCAAAAUGAAUCGAAAGGGGAAAAAAAAAUCACCUUGAUGGUGUCUUCUUCUGUUUGUGCUGUUUACUUUUUUUGUUUCUCCCCAACAUCAUCCAAUAUGGCUGAGAGUAUAAGUGAUCCCCGGGUCAAGAGGAAGGGGGCCAGCAGACUCCUCAGGGAGCCCGUCCCAUGCUGAGGGGGUCUCCCUUGUCCCAUUUUCUAAAGCCAAAUGUCUCCGCUCCCACUUUUAUCCUCAAUGGGGCCAACAAGGUCAAAGAGUAACUAAGACAAAACUUAAAAACCUGAAAAAACAAGAGAAAAAAAUAUAUAUAAUUCUAAAUAUUACUCAACUCUAUAUUCACAUAUGACUGUCGUAUGCAAAAACAGAGGAUAAACCACCAGUGAAGAGCAGGGUAUUCUGCCCCUCGGAAUCCUGGGAUACCAUGUCCCGGACACCCACAGGAAAUGGUGACCUCCAGCAAUGGAUGCCCAAAGGGUGAAAACAGGCUCCUUGUUCAGUCCUGCCGCACUAUAACAUAGAACUACAUUUGUUUUUCAUUCCGUUCCUCAUUCGUUUCUUUUCGCUCUUAGUCUCUUCUGACUUUCUAUCGGUCAGUUGUACGCCUCAUGGCCCACGUGUCUGUGGCUUUGUCGUCCGUGAAUCACUUCUGGGUUGUUUUCUUUGUCGUAUUGAGAGUAUCUUGUGGCAAAUGAACUGCAUUUUAAUUGUUCAUAUAAAAGAGCUGGUAUUCAAAGGUAACGCAGAGCCCAUCAUGUCUCUUAGUUAAAAUACCAGAUUUUUUAAUGUCUGAAAACUACUGCAUGGACCAGAGGUGGAUAGAUCAGGAGCAGAAAGUAAAAAUCCAGGCCAAGAUUUUGUUUCAACCAAGCAGCUGAGUAACCAACAGUAAUAGAGUACUUAACUGGUUGGUUGAAACAAAAUCUGGAUUUUUAUUUUCUGGACCUGGACUAUCUACUUCUGGCAUGGACUCACUGGUGGCAGGAGGUUUACAACAGAGGUGCAAUCUGAAGUGACCAUGAUAACCGUCUCCCCAUCUUCUUGUUCCGAUGCCGUCGUCCGGGUGCCGCAGGCUCGUGCUGCGUUGUUUCCACUCACACUGCAGCCGAGAAACGCAUUGCAAUUCGCGUCUGUGUGCGCAGUUUUCGUUUCGCCUCUGGGGUACAGAGGUACUUGUAUCAAAAACAAUAUUCAGAGCUGCUGACUUAUUUUCAGUUUGUUCCUCUUCCUCUUUCAGUUAAGGAGCAUGUAGAGCGUAACGUACUUCGCGGCAUUUGUUAGGGAAAUGGCAGAAUGGCUGGAUGAAUCACGGCGAAUUUCUGUUCGUUCGUAGCCAUAAACAGAAAAGCUUGUUUUCUGCAGGACGAGAGGCCCUGUGGCAGGUCUCCUACACGGUGCCAAAGGCAGGUUGUUGGGAUGUCUGGGAAGGAUAUUGUGUGUGUGUGUGUGUGUGUUAGCUUCAGAAAUGCUUUGACUGGGGUCUGCCUGCGUAUAGGCUGUGGACUUUCUAGAAAUAUAUAUAUAUAUAUAUAUAUAUAUAUAUAUUGCUGCCUAUGUAGUCACCCUUGUUUUGUCUGUGAAUUGUGCUUUUUAAGCUGGAGCAAUGGAGACGUGGGUGAUAGAAUCCAGUCCAAAUUUUCUGCUCACUGAAAUGAAAUAUGUGUGUUUUAAUCUUCCCAUUUAUUUUAUUCAUCAUCCACGGCUUCAGGUGCUUUUGUUCCUUUCGCGUGACCACACACGCAGUCCUGUAGGCAGAAAGCCCUUGACGGCCGCUGGCCGUAGCUGCCCCUCACAAUGAAGUGCGUCACAGCGCUCUGUCUUAUCCUAUUGGUUGGCAUUCCAGGGAUUAUCAGCCGGAGAGUCUCUCCCGGGGCGGUACGUCAUGCGUUAUUACUAAUCUCGACCGAUGAGUGUAUCCGUCUGCAAAACGUGUGUGUAACUACAUAAUGGUGCACUAGUUACAAGAACACAUUAAUAUAUGUUUUACUGUAUGUGGAGAUGUAUAAUUCCUUAUUGGUAUUCUAAUGUGAGUCUUUCCGGUUUUUUUUAUAGAGUGCAAAAAGCUGCUAUUUAUGUCACGUAGGAGAACAUCUAGCCGGAAGUUUUUCCUUCUUUACCGAUUGAGGGAUAAAGCUUUUUUUCCAGCCAAGUUUUUACAUCCCGAUGUAAAUAAUGAGACAGCUGGAGGCAAAUCUGAAAGUGCAGAUUUCCCAAAGUGAUGAGAAAAGGUUAGUCGCCAUAUUCGUGUCAGACGCCAAAGAUUUCGUUUUUGUUAUUUUCUGUUUAUCCCCAAAGUCUUCAGCCCCGCCCCCCCUUUGCCCCGGCCCCGGCCCCGGCCUGCCGUAGACAGCUGCGCUUACCGUGCUGCGCAAACGGCUGUGUCAUUUGCAUUAUGCAGUAACUAGCAGUGUCACCCCCCGCAUAACUUAUGUCUAAAUGCUUGCUUAUGGGAGAGAAGGUGGCCAGUGCUGAUAUCUGAAUCCUGUAUUUUUGUAUUGUUUCUGCUCUUAUUGCACUGGCGUUUCACCUUCAUUUGGUCGCCGCUCUCUCCUUAGAGCACAUAAAAAAGGACCAACGCAUUUAAAACUGAUCGAUUCUUCAUAAAUAAUAUAUUAUGGUAAGGAGGAACGGCCACACUUUCAGAUUUGUUUCCAAGUUCCGUUUAUUGAUAAUCUGUUAUAUUUGUACUAUACUUUUAAUUUGAAUAAAUUUGAUAAAUCAAUAAUUUAAUUUAUAGUUUAAGAAAAAAAAAGAUAUUACAGAUAUUUAUCAUUACCUGUGUGCAUAAAGGGUGUGUAUAUUGUCUAUAUUUAAAAAUGAAAGAUUAAUUCAUGUUUCUAAUGAGAAAAUGUACGGUAUUUGUAUCUCGGAGCGGCUGGUGUCGGCUGGACGGUGAGCCUGUAAACGCGGAUUCUGUCUUGUCCACAUCUGGGUCGCGCUGGAGUUGUAUUGGUACCGACAAACGUCGGCGGCCGGCGGGCACAGACCCGGUUAUUUCUUGCACAAUAGCGGACGCAUGAUAUUCAGUGUUUACUAAUAAAACGCCGUUUGAGCCCGUCAUCAUUUUCCGAGCUCGCUUUCCUCCACAUAUACACCUUUACCGGUAAUUUCAGCGCCUUCUAUCAUGUUUAGCCCUUUUGUUUUCUUUUCUAUGCUGUGUGCGCAUUGUCGUGAGGAUGUCGGUGACUAGUUACUACUGUACCUUCCCAGAAAACGUGAGGAAAAUAUUACAUGGAUGACUGAGAUGCCCUAGCUCCCUUCUCGUUUCUCUUUUUUGUAACCCUAGCAUCCAGUGUUCUCCUGAUAAGAAUCCACUUUAACAUACUUGGGAAAGUUUGUCUCCUAUUCGCCAUAUUCUGUCUUGGAAAAAUACGUUACCAGUGGGUUGCAGUAUUUUCUCAUUGUAGCCAAUUUUUCUUGUACAGUUUUAUGCAAAUUUCACAUGGAUGUUUAUGACUAUGAAUCUGCUGCCACAAACAAUUUAGAAAUUCUGUAGAUAGAAAUUACUGUGCAAUGGGAAAUAAAUAUGAAAAAUGAAA